GAGGCAAGGUCGUCUUGCCACUAAAACAAUUAAGUUAAUAAAAUGUCAUUGUGAGGAAUGGAGGAGGAACAUUUUAACAAAUAAGACAGAGGUCUGAUCACCUGAUUUUGAUCUGGAAUGUGUUUUUUAGAAAGUCAGACAACGUUUGUUCUGAGUUAGUUCAGCUCACUGUCGUAAGGCCAUGAUAAACCAAACACUACCAUGAUUUUAUUUUUACUGUUAUAAUGUGCGUAUGUUCUCGAGUUUUACUGAAUUGUGGUUUCCUGAGGUGACCCAAUCAUCUGCGCUGUCCGUGGUGCUGAAAGUGAUCCGGCCUCUGCAGAGGAUAGUCUACUAAAUUCCAACUCACAGCAUUAAGACAGGUGACAGGUUCUAAUGUUGUGGUUUAUAUCCAUGGCCUGUUUGGAGAAAGUACAUUCUAAACCACCGUUUAUGUUAUUUAUGUUAUGUUAUUUUCACUCAUUUCCUAUAGCUUCACGGCUUGAAGUCAAAAACAUACAGAUCAGUAUUUGUAACAUUCCUUGCAAUCGUUCCAAAUGUGUCUUCUGGGGCCAAAUGUAGCAGGUUAAUGGCUGAGAGGAUGUGAUAACUUAGUCAGCAUCAUAAAGUGAGCACAGACAUGAGCACAGACCUGCACUGACAAGCUGACCUGCGGACACAAUGUGGACGAUUAAAAAAAAAAUGCAAUGCCUUUAUUGUUGUUGCAUGGUGUACAAUUAAGUAUCCCAGUGGUACAAAUGGUAUAACACAACUCACAGACAAGUAUAGACACAUUAUAGUCUGAUAAAUAGAUACAGAGAAGACAAGGAAUUCAUAGUAUGACAUGUAUAUAACACAUAUGAGUAUGUGUGCUCAGUUAUAUUGCACAUUAUAACAUUGCACAUGAUAAUAUUGCACGGUUAGGAUUUUACUGCACUUGGUUAGGUUCUCUAGAGGCACUUGGCUUGUUACCCCUUGAUUUACUGCUCAUUAGUAUAUAAAAAAUACUGAAUGACUGUAGCGCACAUCGGUCCUUGACACAUCCAACGAUCAUUCAGGAGUGAUAUGAUGACAAGGUGAUGAUUUCUUCCCUUACUGAUCGACAAUAGACUGGUCUGUGAUUGGCAGAUGGUCUCAGAUGCUGCCCAGUGUAUGAUUCAGAGCUCCUGUCUCUCUUUGCGGUCCAUUGCGCCAGAGCUGGCACUGCGCGGGCGCUCUUGUUUUUGUGGUGUGUGUGGAGAAGUUGAGUCGGCGUGCUUUAGUAGAGCCGGUCUGCAUUGCGUCGAAACCCUCCAACUCCUCCUCCUCCUCCUCCUGCUGCUGCCCUCCCCUCUCCUCCUUUCCUCUCCUCUCCUCUCCCCUCCUCUCUUUUCCCCUCACCUCCCUUGCACUUGCAUGUAAAAUGCACAUCACAACAUGCUUGACAUUCUGGAGAAAACAUUUGGACCUCGCUGCUGCUGCACUUGACUCGUCUCUCCACUCUCCGUUUUUUUUUUUUGGGGGGGGGGAUGCGUAAAAUUCCGCUCUCCGAGAAACACACUCCAGCUCGUCAUCGCGUCCAUACUCGCAGGAGGCAGCAGAUUUCUGCUGAUGCAGUGAUGUCUGGAAAUGUCAAGGGCUCGCUUGUUGCCCCAUAAUGUAUCUCUCCCCCCCUGAACUGCUGCGCAAGAUUUUCUCCUGCGGUACAGCCUCUACUGUAAAGCUGCUCACACCACCGUGCCGCCAAGCGAGCAACUUUACGGACGCUGCUGCAGCUUUGCAACCCUUCUCUUCUCGCUGCAUUUCCAUCUCAGGCUUUCCUCAUUAUAGACUUGCCUGAUUUCUCACAAGGCGUUCAGACCUAUGAGGGCACUUUGACGGGACACGGGAUGGUGAUGAUGACCACAGUGAGGCUCUAGGCUUUUCUCCUCGGAAGGUGCAAUGUAAAGUUGCCACAUGAUACCCACUGGUGUCCUGCUGUUGGAUGAUAUUACCCGAGGAUGAGACGCAUUCAAGACCUUCCAAGAUCAACCCACGAGGCAGCAGUAACAACAGCAGCAGAUGCACUGGAGAGCAGCAAUGGUCAAGUCAGCGAGAACCGCAGUGGAGCCGCACUGAGGCAGAGCAGCCAACCAACCCCCUUGUACCUGGGGACGUCUCCAACAAUUUAAGGGGUGUGGGAAGCUGAGGAGUGGAAAAUUUCCCCCCGAACCUGAAUGCCUGCUCAGUCAGACUAACCGAAAACCCAACACAACUCCUCCUCCUCUUCCUCGUCUUCACCUCCUCCUCCUACAAAAAUGACCGUUGUAGCAGGAGAUAACAUGGACGAGACCUCGGCUGUCCCUGGUCACCCUCAGGACACCUACCCCCCAGACCAUAAUGACCACGAAUGCUGCGAGAGGGUGGUGAUCAACAUAGCGGGUCUCCGGUUUGAGACACAGUUGAAAACUCUCUCCCAGUUUCCAGAAACGUUGCUAGGCAACCCCAAAAAGCGGAUGCGGUACUUUGACCCUCUGAGAAAUGAGUACUUCUUUGACAGAAACCGCCCCAGCUUUGAUGCCAUCCUCUACUACUACCAGUCAGGGGGUCGGCUGAGAAGACCAGUGAACGUCCCUUUGGAUAUGUUCUCAGAGGAAAUCAAGUUUUAUGAGCUGGGAGUGGACGCGAUGGAGAGGUUUCGUGAGGAUGAGGGUUUCAUCAGGGAGGAAGUGCGGCCUUUGCCUGAGAGGGAGUUCCAGCGUCAGAUGUGGCUCCUCUUUGAGCAUCCAGAAAGCUCGGGCCCCGCCAGAGGGAUCGCCAUUGUGUCUGUGAUGGUGAUCCUGAUUUCAAUCGUCAUAUUUUGUUUAGAGACUUUACCAAUGCUGAAAGAGGAUGUAACAAUUCGAAUAGUGGGGAACACUACUAUUUAUAUCAAGCCAAAUAUCCUUACUGACCCCUUCUUUCUCAUUGAGACACUCUGCAUAAUCUGGUUCUCCUUUGAGUUGAUAGUACGUUUUCUGGCGUGCCCAAGUAAACCGGCCUUCUUCAAGAACAUGAUGAACAUGAUCGACAUUGUGGCUAUCAUCCCUUACUUCAUCACACUUGGCACUGAGCUGGCUGAGGAUCCCGACAACGAGGGGAUGGGGGAGCAGGCAACCUCUCUGGCCAUACUCAGGGUGAUCCGUCUGGUCAGGGUGUUCAGGAUCUUCAAGCUGUCACGACACUCCAAAGGACUUCAGAUUUUGGGGCAGACCCUCAAGGCCAGCAUGCGAGAGCUGGGAUUGCUGAUCUUCUUUCUGUUCAUUGGAGUCAUCUUGUUCUCAAGCGCUGUCUUCUUUGCAGAGGCAGAGGAGGAGGGAACCCAAUUUGGCAGCAUCCCAGAUGCAUUUUGGUGGGCCGUUGUGUCUAUGACAACUGUGGGCUAUGGGGACAUGGUCCCGGUUACUAUAGGAGGCAAGAUUGUAGGAUCUCUGUGCGCCAUCGCUGGAGUGUUGACAAUCGCACUCCCAGUGCCUGUCAUUGUGUCCAACUUCAACUACUUCUACCACAGGGAGACAGAAGGAGAAGAGCAGGCCCAGCUGCUCAAUGUCAGCAAUCCCAACCUCCCCUCCGAAACCAAUUCCAGUCGCCGCAGUUCAUCCACUGUCAGCAAGUCGGAGUACAUGGAGAUUGAUGGAGACAUAAACAAUAGCAUCGACAACUUUAGGGAGGCAAAUCUCAGAACUGGCAAUUGCACUAUAGCCAACCAAAACUGUGUAAAUAAAAGCAAGCUGCUUACAGAUGUUUAGACACUAGUUAGAAACUUUGGGAUCUCUAUUGGACUGUGGAGUAGACCAUCAGUUAGGAAUGCUUCAUUUACCUCCUCAAAGCGCUCUAUGGCAUUAGGCCUACAACUAUGCUCAGCUAAAUAGAAAGGAAACAGAAAAAACAAAGCUGUUAGAGUGUAUGACAGGUAGUUAGAAUAAUUAAUUCCUCUGAUCCUACAACUAUAUAGGUUUAUCAAAAAGAAACCAUCGAUUACUGCGCAUAUAAACGGCUCCCUGGAGGAUGCAGAACACACACUGUCUUAUCAGACGACAGCGUGACAAUUAAAAUCUUAUGCAUGGAGUACAGAUAACAUUACAGCAAGUUGCACAAUGCACCAGAAACGUCUGCAGAGACAUGCAAGCAUCUGCAGUCAAGUGGUAAGCGCCAAGAAGUUAGGUGACCCCCCCUUUCCUCUUCACACACGCCCUCCUCCCUCCUCUCUUCCUACACUGGAUCUACUAUUCAGCAAAGCACCUUAUAGGAGGAAGACUGAUCUCUUCUUGUUUGGAUGUAAACAGAUGGUGAUCUACUCGCUUCACGGACAUCCGCAAUGCUGCUGUUUUCCAGCAGUGGCUGUAAAUGUGAUAUCACCAAGUGAUUCAAUGUCAUGCCCUUUAGAUGCAACACAGCACAAUGAUAAAGUGAGCUUCACACAAGCAUGAUUAGAGACUUUCCAUUUUGAUAUCGGCAUGCAUGUGACAUAUCUCACGUAAUGGAAAGGAUGUUCUUUUGGAUACCUGCCUCCAUCCACCUCCCCUUCUCAUCUGUUUUCAUACCGAGUGCACUGGAUGAGUUUUUCAUUUGAAAUGCUACUCAUUUAGAAGUAUAGAAACUGAAUGUUAAAUCUUAAGGGAACAGUACAUAAAAUGAGAUCAUAGCAUGAAAAAAUUAACCUGCAUUAUGGUCUAUUGACUAAGGUACUUUUGUAUCCUGGUAUAUUUAAUGCAUGACAUGAGUAUACAGCUUGUUGCAAUUCAGGCACUCUGCAGUGCCCUAUUGUCAGGGAAACUACGGAAAUCAAAUUCUGGAUGUUUCUGAAUUGCGAUCGAAUAUAUCCGAACCCACCCUGAGGAUGCAGAGUUUCUAAUUUUAAAAGUAGACAAAGAAACGGAAUAAAUAUUAUCAAAAAUGCAUAUAUUCAUAAAUAAGCACCAAUUACAGUAUUACAUCAAUAGUGCAGUGCAUGGACCUUCUACGAAGAAGAAAAUUAUUAGUCAUGCUUCCAUCUCCAUUUCAAAUUUUAGUGCAUUUUUGUUUGGAAUCCACUCAAAAAAGAUCAUCACCACAUUCAACUUCAUAUCAUUGAGAAUUCUUCUGACAUUAGUUGCUAGUGCCUUUAUCCCUUUUACCAACAGGACCAGUGAAAGUGCCUCUGUGUACAAUGGUAUUUGUGAGGUUGAGCGGAGCUGGUUCACCUUCUGUUUAAGUGUGGAAACACUGUUGGUUAGGAUGUUAAUGAUGCCAGAUAAGCAAGGUGGAAUUAGAAGCUGAUUGUGGUCAAAAAUGUAAAAAAUAGAUGAUCCAUAGCUGUCAUGCACAACCCAGUUUUCAUGCACUUAAUUAUGCCCUUAAGCAGCAAUGUAUUGUACUCUGCAUGUUUACCAAUUCAAGUCAAAAGGGAAUAUCCAUCGGUUUUCAGCAUCUUUUAUUCAUGUCUGUUGUUUUUUUUUGUUUGUGCACCAUGCAUCCUUUCAGGGUCUCUACCUCAGCGAGGUCAUUGCAAACUUGCUGCAGAGCUGCAAGCUUCAAUGCAGGGCUUCCUAUACCAUAAUGCAAAAUGGAACCUUAAGUGUAAACAGCAGUCAUGCAAUAUUGAAUGUGAGAGUCCCAAAGCAUAGCCUUUUUACACAAGCACUUAGGACAAAUAGUGUACCCGAAUCCUGCUCCUUUUGUUCACUUAAAGCUACGCACAAUCAGAACAUUCAUCAUUAGAGAGUUAAGCGAGGUUGCCUGUUUUAUAUGUUGCUUUCUUUGAAACAGUGGUGUAUAAAGUCACUGUGUUAUGUUUCAACACGUGUGGGAGAGAGAGUAGAUGGAAGUUUGAUGUAGUUUUUAAAUCUGUCAUCGUGCAAUCCAAAGCGCAGCCCGACUUUUUGCACAGUCAUUUCGUUCUGUUGCCUAAGUCUUUUUUUUUUUGCUAGUUAGAUUUUCUUUCCUUGUCACCGUGCUUGCUCACACGUAGUGUGUUGUUUCUCAGCACAUUGUCCCAAACAGGCUGACUGCAGAUAUAGACGGGGACAAAUUGUAACAACUACUUGAAAAUCUCCAGCUACUGUACAUCAAUCUACACUCAGUAUUAAGACAAAUUCAUUCUAACGACGGUAAGAUUUUGUACCGUACGCCCUUUUUGUUUUAGAUUUAGCAAUCUCCUGACAAGGUCCUGUGAAAAACAAAGCUCUGCUGCAGUGCUACUUGAAUGUCAUAGUCGUUUCUGUUGGUGCAAUGGCUAUCUUUUGUGGUGCUACUGCAGGACCACCAUCGUUGUCCUGUCACCAUCACAUAUUAUCUGAAGCUUUCAUUAAUUGUUUUCGACGAGACUCUGUGAUUCUUGUUCCUGACGGUUUUUGUUAUUGGUGGUUGGUUAGUAUAGGGAACUGUUUAUAAUUUCAUUUGAAACUGAUCUUUGUACUGUACGGCUGAAGGGUGUCUGCCUCAGGCGAGGUAACAAUUUAAGAGCCUUGCUCAAUGUCAGUAUCUUAUCACAGGAGCAAAAAAAGACACAUCUGUGUCAGGGAUCUUCAGCUUGUGUAGAGUUUCUCAUACAGAAGGACGCCAAUAACACCCAAUACCAUAUAUUUGAUACUAUAUAUAUCUGUGUCUGCAUAGAUAUACAUAUAUAUAGGGUGAUUCAAGAUAAUUAUAGUCGACUCAUAAAUGCAGCUAUCAGGAAAUUGUUGGCCUUGGUCAUCUCGGAUGACUGAUGCUGGAAAGUAGGUGAUAUGUGUAACAUGUCCUGCAUGCCACAGCUCACAUGAGGUGAAGAAAAUAGAUAUGACACCCCUCACAUUUGCAGCGCUGUUGCUUUCCCGCUGUGAGGGCAUGUACGGAUGGUGCUAUGCAUUAAAUUACCCAAAAAAAGAAACAUGCAUUCUUUAACAGCAAUAGAUUAACAGAAUAACCAGUUUCUUAGACGCUUUUUUGUAAAAAAAAAUAAAUAAAUAUAUAUGUAAUGAAAAACAAAUCUAUUUUGAAUGUCAGAGGAACUGUGAUCACUUGACAGAUACUCACAACAGGGCUGUUUAUGUACCAACCUCUUGCUCUCUGCUCUGUGAUUUUUGUAAGGUCAACGGGGUUAAAGUGUAGAAGGCCGACUUUUUGUUAGGAGAAUCACGGGAAAAAAAAUCAAAACAAAAGCUUUGUAAUAGUGGCAGUCCCCAUGAACCCCGCAAGUCAGACUCCAGUCGUUUUUGCAGUUAUAGGAACAAAGGCCGAACCUUGUAACGAAGUCCCAAAGGAACGGCCCAUAAUGCACUUAGAGAGGAUCUAUUAUCGGUUCACUGGACUGAACGGCCGCACGAGUGAACGUCAGAGAAGGUGCCUAAAUUGUUUUUACAUAUUCAUUUCUUUGAAGUUACUGUCAGAUGUUACGCUUCUGCAAAGAAACAAAAGCGAGAAGAUCUAAGAAAAAAUGACAUUCAUUUAAACUGAGAAAAAACGAGAACAAAAUGCAAUUUAGCUACAAUAAGAUAGAGAACAGUAACCACUAUAUACUGCAAUUAUGUAUGAAAAACAACUUUAAUGUGUGUUUUUAUUUUCCUUUUUUUUUUUUUUUUGGUGGCACUGUAACAUGACUGAUUUAGGAAGAACAUGCCAUACACUGGAAUAUAUCAAAGAUAGUUUGUUCCACUGGCAAGCCAUGAUAAUGAAACUACUGUAUUAUGAUCAAUUGUUAUACAAUAAAUGAUAUGGACUAUAAGUGUACUAAAAAAUACAAAUGGUUUUUCUUUUUGGUUUCUAGAUAAAAAAAAAUAGAGGAUUCAUUCAAACACCAUGUUCCCAUUGUUUCCAGUCUCUUGCUGAACCUACUGCUUUAAAGUAUCUCUACAGGAACCUACUGAUCACAAAAAACUGCAUGGUCGACGGAAGACUGCAUGAGCUUUUCAAACUGUGGAUCAACUAUAAAACAGUUGCAUCAUUUCAAAACAAAAAAAAGAAAAGAAACCCUUGCUUUCAUCUGCACCAAGGCUUUGUGUAAAAGGCCCUGUUCAGGAGUUGUGUCGUGAAACGUGUCCUCCGCAGGAUUUCUUAAAAAGCACCUUAGCACCGACCUCAUCACCAAGACGACGCUGGGCAUCCGAGCCGUGCCCAGCGUGUGCGGAUGUUCAGCUUGUGCUCGCUUAGGCUCUGAAUGUGAGCGAGGACAUCAAGGGCUAUAGUUUCUCAAACUCUAUCUCUAUUCUACGACUGAAGCGCUCGCUCCAGUGACAUUUCGCCCCCCCAUUCCUAUCUCAGUCUAGACUGUAGUGAUACCGUGUUGUGAGAAACAUGCCUGUCAUGUCCAAACAGGGCCUGUGCCACACACCCUUGUCUGUACCACAUUGGUUUUUUAAGGCAUUUCUUGUUUGCUGAAGGUCGUGAUGCUGGACUGCUCUCUGCCUGCUGAGGAGGCACUGGACGGGAUCAAAUGUCGGGAUUGUUGUUGUGUACCUCUCUCGCCAAAGGUGACUUCAAGUGAGAAGAUCUGGUCUGUGUUUAAUGUGCGAUGGCUGAGUUUGUCUUUUUCUGUCGAGAACGCACAUUUAAAUCACUGGUAGGGACGUUUUUUGGAGAAAAACUUGCAAAGGGACUGUUGAACUCUUCUUCUUUUCAUGCACACGAAAACCAAACUCUGAUUGUGUUAUCUGAUCCAUCAUGUUGUGUUUACUGAGGAUUAUGCUACAAUGUGUUCAGUUUGUCUGAUGAUGACAAAGGCAUGGUCUGUGAUCUAUGCAAGGGUUAUUUUUUUUCUUCUUAUAUCACUUAUGAUUUCAUCUUACAUUAACUUCAAUAAAUUUUUAAGGAUC